UCCCAUAAAAAUAAUUCAUAUAUUCAUAUUCAUCCAUAGACUUGAGAAAACCAGUUCACCAUCUCAGCCCCCUCAAAGGGCACAAAGCCUAAAGUUAAGGUACACUUCCAAUAACUGCAACAACAGAAGAAAAACUACUCCCCAAUUUAUCUCCUUCUUUAAAGAAGAAAAAAAGAAAAUAAAAAAGGAAACUUUGAUCCAAAGAGAGAAGAAACGUAGAAGUUCCACGCAUACAAACUCUUCCAUCAAAACAAAGGAAGAGUCCACAACACCACCAAACCCUCUUUUCUCUCUCUCCUUUCUUUCUCUCUCUUCAAUGGCCCAGCUGGACCAAAAUUUAUGUAAGAAGGAAAAACCAAAAAGAAAGAAAGAAAAGAAUGAAUGGGAAAGAGAAGAUAGAUAGAUAUAGAUUAUAGAUAUAGAUUUAUGUAUGUGUCUUCAAAUGUCCUCCAACCAAACCCACCUCACAUAAAAACUCUUUCUUUCUCUCUCUUUCUUGUGUAAAACUAAUAAAACAUGUUUGCCAACAAUACCCUUUUCUGCAACCCCCCAAAAAAUCCCAUCUUCAUCACUGUCUUUCAAAAGAGCAAUAUUUUUCACCGAGCUAUGUGGGCUUUUUUGGGUUUUUGUUGUCUUGGUCAGAGUUUCACAGGGAAAACAGGAAAGCAAGAACCUUCUCCCUCCUUCCCAUUCUCUUUUCUAUUAACUUCCUAUUCCUCUUAUUUCUUUACCACUCUAUUCUCUCUCUCUCUCUCUCCCUCUCUCUCUCUAUCUCUAUAUCUCUUCUUCUCUCUCAAUUUUUCUUUCUCACCCAUCUCUCUUUCUUUCCCUUUUCUCUUUUCCUUGUGUUCUCUCUCUUUCUCUCUCUAUCUCUGUAGUUUCUGGUUUAAGGCUUCUGGGUUCUUCUAUUUCAACUCAACACGAUGUUGAAGAGGAAGAUGAAAGGGGUUGCUGUCAUGGAGACUCCUAUGUACCCUGUCUAUGAGGAUGCUCGGACUAGGUUUAAGCAUCAAAGUCUUAUGCAAGACUAUCAAGAGUUAGAGAAGGAAACGGAACUCAAUAAGAAGAGAUUGCAGGCUAUGCAAGAGAGAAAGUUGACCCUUUUGGCUGAAGUCAGAUUUUUGAGGCGAAGAUACAAGUACUUGAAUGAGAAGCAGCCUAUGAACAGCCACCUAAUUCAAAGGGAUCAACCCCAAUUACAACAUCAUGAAAUCCGAGCUACCAAUGUGGUGAUGAAGGGGAAAAAGCAUAGCAAAAAGGAAUCAUCUUUCCGAUACCCUGCAAUACCGCUGGACCUGAACCAAAAGGAAAUGAGUUACAAUGGAAUUGAAUCCCCUUUGCCAAAGUCUGCUCCAGUUUUGGACUUGAAUCAGAAGGUGAAGAACCACAUUGGAAAAGAGGCGGCUAGUGUGCCGAAUUUCAGACCAACUUUUGACUUGAAUCAGCAGGAAAGAAUUCACAGUGGAAAAGAAGCUUCGAAGAGGAAGAAUACCCCAAUCUUCGACUUAAACCAAGUUUCGGGCGAGGAGGAGGAAGAAUUUCAGUUUCAGGUGAAUGUUGAGCCGUUUAGAAGAGAAGAGCCAAAGAAAGGUCUGCUUAAAAUUGCUAAUGAUGAACAGCACAACGAUAUGAAGUUACUAGUUUGUAGGAACAUCGGCAAUGGACCUAACCGAGCUGGAAAGAGGAAGAUCACUUGGCAAGAUCAGGUGGCUUUAAGGGUUUGAUUUUGUUUCAUCAAAAUAUAAUAGUUUGGUGGGGUUGGAAAGUUUUUGCCUUACCUUAUAGCUCUAUUCUAUGCUUAACUAUCAUUCUUACUUUUUCUUUACUUAUCUCUAGUUCUCCUCUUUUUGUAAAGUUUGAAAAAUAGUUACAUAUAGUGGUUGUGUAUAGAUGAAGUGGUGGAAUUGAUGCUAAGGAAUCAAGAUUAAGUAUUUCUCCUACUUUCUUUUUUCCUUUUCAUUUGGGGUUAGGGGGGAAAACAUGUAGUUAUUAUGGUUUUUUGAAACUUGGUUUUGCUGAAAUUAUCUAAAGAAAGGGAUUUUGGAAUC